ACAUGUCUGCGCCCUGAGCCUAAGAAACGCCACCACCUUUACUCAAAUGCCACGAUUGAGCUGUGCAAAUCAUAAACAAGCAGCUCCAGAUACAAAUAAGUGAAAAUUGUUGGUGUCCAACAUAAACUGUGAAGAUGUCGGAAAAUAUCCAGAAGGAGGGCGUAGCUGGAAAGGGGCUCACACGCGUGGUCAUUGCUGAAAUGCUGGCGAAGAAUUUCGAGAGACUGCCUGACAUUGAUCAGAAAAUCUUUAUCUAUGGACCUAUGUAUCUGGGCGGGAACGCUGGUCUUGCAGGACUGGUAGCGAACAGCUUGUACCGCAGAGCCCUGAAUGUGAAGCAGGCGGCGGUCACCUCCAACCUGCCGAUGGCCGUGCUGCCGUUCCUCACAACGUUUGCCCUGUACAGUGCAGCGGUGUCCACCCCCCUCCUGUCCGGCGACCUCAAUUGUCCCUCCUGUGCUCUGCUGAGAGGUGCCCUUGUAGGUGUGGUCGGUGGCGGGUUGUACCCUAUGCUCCUGGCCUUACCUGUGAAUUUCGGCCUCGCCUCCAGGUACAGCACAUCACCCAUGCCAGAGAAGGGCAACGUCCUCCGGCACUGCGUGGACAUCUCCAGACCGGUCAUGAGAAGGAUGAGGGCAGUCUUGGUGCUGCAGGCCUUUUUCGGCACCUACCUGAGCUCCAGGAACUUUGAAACAUACACAAAACUGGCCCAGAUCACAUUCAGCUCAAGUGGAGAGGAACUCGAAGACCCAAAUGUAUUAUAAAAAUGAGCUUGUUCGUGUGCACUGUUUCUUGCGUUACUCGUGGCGUUGUAAGAUGUAACAAUAACCCAUUUUAUAAGGAAUGGGUCUGUGAUUAAAAACAUAAUUGUAUGUAAAGGCUAUUGUUUUUAAAAAUCGUCUAAGUUCACAUUGAAGUAACUACAUGAAUGCACUGCUUUUUGUGCACUAAGAUGAUUAUUUUGAUAAUAUAUAUUUUGAGAAUCAGUACAUAGACUAAUCUGAUACUGUUGUCUACUUCUGGCAUAUUUAAAUAUUUAAAUAUUAUAAGUAGGUUAAAAAGGUUGAAAUGAUUAUCUGGACAAUCUAUUUGUCAUCACCAGAAAAAAAUAAUAUGCAAGACAUUUUAAUAAUCAAAGCAAAAUCAAGCAAAACAUUUGCUUGUUCCAGCAUCAUGUGACGAUUUGCUGCUUUUCUAUGUUUUUUAUUUUUUAAAUGCAACAUCUUCAGAUGUAAAUUUUGGUUGGGCAAAAGAAACAACUUGAAGCCGUCAUCUUUGGUUCUGGCAAAAUUGUGACAGGUAUUUCUUAUGAUUUUGUGGCAAGUUGUUGAAAAGAUUAUUCAAUAUGGAGAAUAACUGUUUGUUGCAUCCCUGUUUAAGAUAAUGUUUAACAUAGGGUUGCAAUGGGCUGUCUAAUGCAUUUAUUUUUGUUUGGUAAAGAGCCAAUUCAAUUAGAAAGUUUGUACUCAGCCAAACACUUUAAAAAUGUCAUCAUGCAAAUUAAAUUAUUUGCUUGCAGAUCAAUAAAAUGCCAGGGUAUUUUUUUAUCAUGGUUGGAAACCCUGACUGUUUAUGUGAAUGUAUGGUCGUGUAGGGCGAUAAACAAAAUCCAGCGCAGGCAACUGACUAAACAUGGUUUACUUUUAUUAAAGGCUUUUCAGGAACUUCUCACAAAUUUUGCAGUGAUGUUGGAGCAUGAUUGACAACAAGAAAAAUGCUGUAUGCACCCUAAUCCUUGAACUGCACACAGCGACAGGUGUGAGUGAUAAAAAGUAUUAAGAUGGACUUGUUUUUAGAUGGAAUGUAGUGACACCAUUAAAAAGAGCAGAAUUGAUGUAGCCUACUGUAGGUGAUUGUCAUUGAAAACACAUAUUCAACACAGGAAAAGUUUUAUUAAAACUGGUCAUCCCCUUGAAUGGCAGGUUCGACAUCACAUCUCUGGCUCUUUAUAGUCAUAGCUUAUCUUGGGGAACGUGUUACAGGGAAAGCAAGUUUAUGAAUUCCAAAUGGGGAAUGGCAAGUUAAAGUCAGUCUGUUAUUGAGAGGGGAAGGUGCUUCUUAAGAGAAAACACUGACAUCAAUCAAUUUUCGCAAACUGAAUAAGACUGU